AUGGCCACAACCUGGGAAUACAUCGCCAACAACAUCUCCCCACGAACCCUCACCAUCGCCCUCGGCACAAUCCUAGUCCUCAUCCUCACAAGACUCUUCAGCUCCCUCACGGGCACUUCAAAAUCCACCAACCAAAAUGGCGCCAAAACUGUUCCCUUGGUCCCUUACUGGAUCCCCUUCCUCGGACACAUCCCCAACAUGGCCAUCAACAGCAACGCCUUCGUCCAGAAGCUCCAGAAAACUUAUACCUCGGGAGUGUUUGCUUUGAACUUCGGCAGCACGACCCACAGCAUAAUCUACGACCCGCACCUCGCCACCGCCCUCUUGAACCAGAAACCCGCCAACGCGGACAACCAUAGCGUCUCCCGACGACUGAUGCAGUGUACCUUCGGGUAUCCGUCGAAUGAACUGGACAAGUAUGAUGCUGCCCUGGGGGAGUUGUUGGCGGCGUAUAAGCACUUGCAGAUCGAGCCGCAUUUGGGGGACAUGGUGGAUGUGACGGUGCGAAAGACGAAGGAGAGUAUUGCGAAUUUUGUGACAUUCAUGGAGAGCCCCGUGGAUCAGAUGCCGUGGGAGAAGGUCAGUGAUGUUAAGGUCGUGGAGAAGGAGGGUGGGGAGAAGGUGAUGGAAGCGAGUCUGUUGCCUCUGGUGAGAGAUUUCUGCGCGUGGACAGCGAACCCGGCGAUUAUGGGGACGGAUUUCUUGCAGAAUUUCCCGGAGUUUUUCGAUGAUCUUUGGAUUUUGGAUCGUGGGUUUUUAUAUUUGGCUACGGGGCUGCCAAGGUGGACCCCGAUUCCGCUUCUCACGCGAGCUCAUAUUGCGCGGAAGAGGAACUUGGAGAGGAUGGAUGUGUUUCAUGAGAUGAUGGAGAAGCAUUGGAAUGGUGAGAUGGUCGAUUCGAAGUGGUCUGGAUUGGAUGAUGUUGGCUCGCUGAUCAAGGCCCGUAUGGAGAUCUACCGAAAGCAUAAGAUGAGCAUUCGGGCCAGAGCAUCGAUUGAGCAUGCUCUCAACUGGGCGAGCAACGCCAAUAGCAACUCGCUUGUCUUCUGGAUGAUCAAUCGUAUCUAUGAGGAUCGCGCUUUGCUGGCCAUGCUCCGGGAUGAGAUUGCUCCAUAUGUCAAAGUGGAGCAGGAAGAGACCGGCCUUCCCAUCUCGGAACCACCCCGGAUCACCCAUUUGGAUGUGGGUGCAUUGUGUACCGAAUGUCCACUGUUGAAAAGCUGCUAUGUCGAGUGUCUGCGUUUGGACAGCGGGACUUGGUCGUUCAAAGAGAUCAAGUCAGAUUUCGUCCUUCAAUCUCGCCAGAAGGAUGCGCAGCCAUGGCUUCUUCGACAGGGCACGUAUGCUCACAUCGCCCACGAUCUUCACAGUGGCGAUCCAAACUAUUUCGAAAAUCCUAUGGUUUGGAAGGCGGACCGCCACAUCAGAUAUGAUGAGAAGGAGAAAGGGGCCGCCGAUUUGGGGACCAUUCGUCCAUAUGGCGGCGGAUCGAGUAUGUGCAAAGGGCGCCAGUUUGCUUUAAAGGAAAGCAUGUUGUUCACUGCGGCUAUCAUUGCCAUGUGGGAUAUAGAACCCGCAGUAGGUGGUAGUUGGAAGAUGCCAAAGCACCGACAGGCGACGGGCGUCUACGCAACAGACGACACCACCCGUGUUUGGAUCAAGCGGCGAAAGUUUUCUGACUGA